UUCCUUGAAGGCUGGUGGAGAAUGGGAUAAACAAGCUCGGGGUUUCGGAUCUGUUACUUCCGGGAUAAACGCGUGGGCGGUUGAGGAGCAGAGUGUGCUGAUGGAAUAAGAAGUGUGUGUGUCGGAGUUGCUGCUUGUUUCCCCGGGGAGAGGAUGGAGUGUGUGCUGGUGGGGUUUGCUCUGCUCUCUCUGUGCCAGGCUGCGGUUCCGCCCAACUUCGUGCUGCUGUUUGCGGAUGAUUUGGGUUAUGGAGAUUUGGGUUUCUCAGGUCAUCCCACAUCACUCACACCGAACCUGGACCGAAUGGCGGCUCACGGGCUCCGGCUCACCGACUUCUACUCCACCAGUCCUGUGUGCAGCCCGUCCAGAGCGUCUUUGUUGACGGGUCGUUAUCAGACACGGUCUGGCAUCUACCCCGGCGUGCUGUACCCAGGCUCGAUAGGUGGGCUUCCCCUCAACGAGACCACUAUUGCAGAAGUACUGAAGCCACUCGGCUAUGCUACAGCAAUGAUUGGGAAAUGGCACCUGGGCUACGGGGCUAAUGGUACAUACCUGCCUACACGACAGGGCUUUGACCACUUCCUUGGCAUCCCAUACUCUCAUGACAUGGGUCCUUGUCACAAUCUGACCUGCUUCCCUCCGGAUGUGAGGUGUUACGGCAUAUGUGACAUCAAUACGGUAGCCGUGCCUCUGAUGAAAGGGGAAACCAUCACGCAGCAGCCUGCCGAUUUUGUCCAACUGGAAGACGCCUACAGUAAUUUUGCCACGGAGUUCAUCCGUAGCUCAGCUCAGAAACGUCAACCUUUCUUCCUCUAUUAUCCUUCUCAUCACACUCACUACCCGCAGUAUGCAGGGUGGAAAUCUGUGGGACGAUCGCUCAGGGGGCGGUUUGGAGAUGCGCUGCUGGAGUUCGACUCCACUGUAGGAGACAUCCUGAAAGCUCUGAAGAAUACAGGCGUCCUGAACAACACACUGGUCAUCUUCACAUCUGACAAUGGUCCAGAGCUUAUGAGACAAUCUCGUGGAGGAAAUUCUGGGUUGUUGAAAUGCGGUAAAGGCACUACAUAUGAAGGAGGAAUGAGAGAACCUGCUGUUGUAUACUGGCCUGGAGUCAUCAAACCAGGUGUCGCUCACAGUCUGUCCAGUACUCUGGACAUCCUGCCUACCAUCGCCAGAUUGGCUGGAGCUCCAUUGCCCAAGGUUCAGCUGGAUGGUGUGGACAUGAUUGAUAUCUUGUUCAACCAUGGAGCAGGUCAAAGAAAGGUCAUGUUUUACUACCCAGAUGACCCCAAUGAGAAGUAUGGUGUGUUUGCUGUAAGAAUGGGGAAAUAUAAAGCUCAUUAUUACACCAGGGGAUCGUCACACAGCGGCCUGACCCCAGAUCAGGACUGUUGGCUAACCUUCGUCCCGAAGUAUCACGACCCUCCUCUGCUGUUUGACCUGGAUUCUGACCCAUCUGAAAACUACAACCUGAAUAAUCGUCCCGAGCUGGUCAGCGUGCUGCAGGAUAUCCGGGACCUCAAGGACAGGUUUGAAGCCUCGAUGCCAUUUGGAGAAAGUGAGAUUGGAAAGGGAACUGAUCCUAAGCUGGCGCCCUGCUGUAACCCUCAGUGCUCUCCCAAACCGGGAUGCUGCCGGUGUGGGACUACAGACUGACCAGUUCAUUCAUAAAUAGCACUUGUCUUUAAAAGGGAAAACAGGCCAGAGAUGGUGUAAUGUAUUAAAAUCAGUCACUGCCACUCACACAUCUGCUGUGUUUGAUCAGAAGAGAGACUGAAUACCUAGAGAACAGUGUGAAACGUGUAUAAUUAACAAUUAUUCCAUAAAAUCAAGUCGUACAUGAGGUAUAAGCCAUGUACGACGAGAUUGAGCGGAAUAACUAUCUUCUAUCCACAUUCACUGGAUUUUCAGAAACUGAGUAUUUUUUUAUUUUUUGCAAAUUUGAUAAAAACAAAACAUCCGACAAAAUCAUUUCCGCUUAGGCGGACUCCUUAAAAACCUAUUGAUGGCUUCAGGAAUUUACUUUAUUAUUAUACCCCCACGCCGAAGGAGGAGGGGUAUACUGGUUUACCUCUGUAUCUCCGUCUGUCCGAAACACCCUUUUUCUCAGCAACCAUAAAUCAUAGCCACUUGGCACCAGACUUCAGCUUGGGGUUCUAUACCAUAUGUACCGUUUUCAGGUCUGACGCACAUUGACUUCCUGUUUACUGACUGAAUGUAUUUACAAAACAUGUAGGGUGAAUUUACAACAUUUUCGUAACAUUUUUCUCAGCAACUACAAAUCACAACUGCUUGAUAUUUGGUACCGAGCUUCAGCUUGGGGUUCUAUACCGUGUGUACCAUUUUCAGGUCUGUCGCACAUCGAUUUCCUGUUUAGGCCAAAAAAAAAAAAAGUGUUUCCGGUUACAUAGAUUUCAAAACUAGGGUCGGUAGGCAGGCAUUUUUUAUUUUAUUUUAUUUAUUUUUUUUUUUCAAGAUGGCUGCCAUAACCUAUAUUUUGACAGGAAUAAUUUCACAAAAUAUAAUGAAUUUCUUUGCAGGUCACCUGAGUUACCACCUUCUGAUGAAUCUGAUGCAGCAUGAGACACCUUUUAACAUGAAUUUUUCUGUAAAUAUAACAGCUCAAUACACCAUGAGAGAGAGAGAGAGAGAGCAGCCCCGCCCCUCUCUGCUCCCUGAGUGCAGCUCGUCGCCUUGGUAACGGUGCAGGGAAAAGACACAAUAUAACAAGCAAAGAGCGCUUUUUCUCAGAGUUCCCUCUCCUCGAACAACGCUGAUUUACACGGAAACGAAAGGAGCGAUUCACAAAACUUUCACAUUGAGUGCUACAAGGCUCCCAUGAACACAUUUAAUGUAAAUUUUUUUUUUUUUUUUUGUCCCUAGUGUAAAAAAUGUGGACACUAGAGCGAGUUAAAAACAAGUGACUUUUCUGAUUUUGCAGUAAAAGCGCUGCCACGUUUAUAAUGUGAGUCUAUGGGAGAGCGCGGCUGUCCUCUCCUCACUUUCAGGCUUCUCAUUCAAAAACUGUAAAUCCUAUCGCUCAGGUAGACACUUGUCUUGAUUCACACAAUGUGUGACUACAACUUUUGAGAAAAUUGUGGCUGAGAAAACAGUUUAAAUGAGAAAGUUAGAGCUUUUUUUUUUCAAGCUGCCUGCACUCUAAACUCCUGAGCCCCACUGGUGUGUAACGCAAUAGACACCCAUUAUAAAGUCUGAAUUUCUCCAGAUGUGCUCAUGGUGUUUGAUCUGUGACUGAUCAAAAAGUAUAGAACCUAGCAAAAAAGUUGAAUGCCAGAUCCACACAGGAGAAUUUUGUCUCCGUUUUAAAGUUUGAAUCAUGUCUCUAGGUGAAAGACAAAAUAAGCGUCAUCUCUGCUUCUGUUCCCUCCGACGGCCCCGACACACUACUGCCUCCGCCGAGUGCGCGCGCACACCGCAUGUCGGGGCCGCGGAUGAGUUACUCUCCCCUGAUCAAUGAAGUCGGCGGGGAAUUUGUGGUUAUUAUUGGUACAAACAGCGCGAAUCACAACUUAAAUGAGUGAGGUUCAGUUUGACAUUAUUGUCAGUCCGUUAGAUAAACAUUUAAUUUUAUUAAAAUUGAAAAUUAAUAUUUAGAGCCUGUGGGCUACAAAAAUAAGUCAUUAAAGUAGCCGGCUGGACUUAAUUGUGUAGUCGGCUGUAUGGCCGGCAGCCGGCGCUUGUGGAAAGCCCUGAUUUUCCCAGUGAGUGACAAAAACUUCCGGUUCACGCGGUUGGGUUAUAUGUAAAAGUCGCGACUGGGGAAAAAAAACGAAAAAAAAGUUUAGGGUCGGGCGGUACGGAAUAGGGUCGGGCGGGUAACCGGAAACACACUUCUUUUUUUUUGUUUGUUUUUUUUUUCUUUUUUUUUUUGGCCUUACCGACUGAAUGUAUUUACGAAUCAUAUCAGGGGGAUUUUGAUGCUAUUUCAAGAAGUAAAAUGCUAUUUCAAAAUGGCCGUUUACCAAGAGGCUGUUUGAAAUCCCUGGGGAGAGACGCUGCUCUUUACUUACUUGUUUCAGGGUUAAUUAUUUGUUUGAGUCAACGUUCAUUAUAAGUGUCCUAUUCCUUCGAUUGCUUGCAUUCUGAUACAAGUGAGAGCGGGGGGAUAUGUAAGUGAGCAGUAGAGGUCUGCGCGGGACAGAAUUUUCAGUCCCGCUCCCGCAUUGUGCAGUCCCGCUCCCGCAAAGAAUUGAUUUUCAGUCCCGCUCCUGCCCGCAAAUCCCGCAUGAUGCAGACGUUCGCGUUAUUUCUCACGAAAGUUCUUGUCAUUAACGGUAAAUGUACCUCUUGUUAAAGCAGCUCUUACUUCUGAAGCACUGUGAGCUUCACUGCUGUGCUCUUCUGCCAUGAUCGGAGAUCUCAAACACGGAAGAGCGGAAAGGAAUCGGAAACGUACGCAAGAUUAGACCACAUCUGCAAAUUUAGGCAUCUUAAAAUGUUAUUCAUGCCAAAUAAAAUAUCCAGCACAAAUACUUUGUCGUCUAUCAUAUAUAAAUAAUUUAUAAAUUUUAUUUUAAACAUGUUUUUAGUUAGCGGGACUGCAGCUUAUCACCUCUCCCGCAUUGUGCACUCCCCCUCCCGCCCGCAAUGAGCUUUCAAAAUUUGUCCCGCGCCGCACUGCUUUGCAUCGGGUCCCGCAGGACUCCCGCGGGAGUGCAGGGCUCUUGUGAGCAGUUGAUCUUGUUUGUAGAAAGCCCCAUCUUGCUGUCGUGCCGAGGUAUAGAAUAGCUUUAGACAUUUUAUUUAAUUCUUCCUUGGACUUCUUAGUUGUGUAAUUUUCAAACUACUUCUUUGAGCUUUUGAACCAGUCUUAAAAAAAAUAAUAAAUAAAAAAAAUCAACAAAUUUUAAUGCAUAAAGAUGAAUAAUGUAAACAAACCUGCGAAAUGAUGGUAACAAUUUGUGAAAAAUUCGAUAAUUCUCCGGGGGGGGGAGAUAUGAUCUUGCCAUCAAAUACUUUCAUUCCAUAUUUAGUUGCUUUUUUUUGUAGUAUUUUUUUUUUGGGGGGGGGGGGUAUGUUUUCGAGUAGAGGUUUUUAUUUCAUCGUCAGUUGGUUCAGCAGCAUACUCCGCCAUUUUGUUUUUCUCUACUCCCGGUACAUGAGCUGAUUGGCUAAUCUACUACUAGGCUAUCAGUGUGCGCGGUUGCUCAUAUCCGGUGAAUGUGGAUGGAACAAUAAUUAAUACACAUGCUUUUCAAUUUAUUAUUAUCUAAAACUGGAUCUGAUGUACUUGAAAGGCAUGAAUGCUGUUCUGUUCUCGCCACAGCUCAGCUCCUCAUCAUGCAACUGUAAUCUAAUUUCUUGUUAAUACAAAGAGUAAUCAUUUUCUGUUUUGAUUAUAAUACAUGAUAAGAAUUGUGAAUAAUGACUGUUAUUCAUGUUUGUGAUAACUCUGGAAGGAUGACAAAAUCAUAAGCAGUACUCAUGAGUAAAUAUGCAGAUCAGUAAAAAGGCACUGAAGGAAGUUUAUUCUUCAUUUUUAAUGUCCGAUUGCUUUGACACCUUUUGUUUUAGCAUAAUUUAUUUCUGAAAAUAUGGUUUAAUUUUUUAAUUUGCAGUUUGUACACGCUGAAUCUGACACAUUUGACCUUUUUUAAAACUUUGUAUUGAAGUGAAUUAAAACCGUAAUAAAAUGUAUGUACUUUAAAAUAACAGAAUGGUGAACUGUCGUU